AUGACAGGAAUCUUUACAUAUCGAAACUUCUCCGGACGAGUGGCUGUGGUGACGGGUGGACAAGCAGGCAUCGGCAAAGAGAUUACCGCCCAGCUUCUCUUACAUGGCAUCGAGAAAGUGAUCAUCAUUGCCAGAAGUGAAGACAGAUACAUCACUGCUCGCGAGGAAUGGAGACACCGCGAAGGCAUCUUACUCGAGAAUGACACUCGAGCUGAGUUUGUCAAAUGCGAUCUGGGGGAUAUUCAGGAUGUCAAGGCCGCAGUUGAGACGAUCAAACAAUUCACAGACCGGAUUCAUAUACUGGUUUGCAAUGCAGCCAUCAGCGUUCAAAAUGAAUGCAAGUGCUCCCCCCAGAAUAUUGAGCGUGUAUUCGCGACAAACUGCGUCGGACACCAAGUCCUAGCCACAUCACUCUUACCUCUGUUGAAGAAAGGGGUGACGCCUAGCAGCGACGUACGAAUUGCGGUGACCAGCUCAUCAUUCCAUUUUUGGUGCCAACAGCCUGAUCUGGAUCUUCUGUUCUCAUCGUCACGCGUCAAGUGGCCCGCGCUGUACGAUGGAGUAUGGCGCUAUGGCCGGUCAAAGCUGGGUAACAUCCUCUUUGCCAAAGAGCUCAGUCGGCGGCUUCUAGAGGAUCAAGAUCCAGCGAUCAAGCAGAUCUAUGUCAAUUCGUUCUUCCCGGGCAAUAUCGUUACCGAUCAAUGGCGCCGGUGGAAUUCUUAUUUUGGGGGUUUCAUAGGUUGGGUUAUAAGAACGGUAGGAUCGUGGUUGGGCCAGAGUCUGGAGGAUGGAGCCGCUACAGCUUUAUAUCUUGCUGCUAGUCAUGAAGUACGAGAGCAGAACCAUCGUGGUGAGUAUUUUGUACCUAUCGCUACGCUGUGUGAGUCCAAUGCGAUAUCUGGAGAUAUGAAGCUUGCUCGAGAUCUGUGGGAUUGGAUUGAUGCACAAGCUACAGAGACACUGGGAUUGGAUUGGCAAUAUUAA